AGGGGUGAUCCAUUCGAAGUUGAGCCAUUUCCAAAGACAUUUUAUUACCCUUCACAGCAAAGAGAGUUGUCCGAAGGCCAGAGAAAGGUAUUGCCCUCGCCAUUAUUCCAUGUUCAUCUUGCAUUGCAUGGCUGAGUCGAGGUUCUCGAUCGUUCGCGUUCGCGCUAAAUUGAAGAAAAUUCGCACGUACGUCUGAAAUCAAUAUUCGUGCAAAGAAAUAGUAAAUAACGUGAGAAAGGUAGAUGUUUUUAGGAAAACUAAUUUAUUCAUUCAAUAAAGUCGGCCAUUUGUUCAGCUUGUAAAAAUUUAAUUUAAAGCUUGAUUUCAGUUAGAUCUCGUCAGCUACCUUGGCGUUGCACAUCAGCAAAUAGAUCGCAUGAAACAAAUAUUUGGACAUUUCUUCAGUACUAUAUAAGAACCAAGUAUAUUUAUAAGCAUUUUAGCUAAAGAAUAUUUUCUAAGGUGAGUUGUCUUCAGUAUUCUAUAUAAAACUCGCCCGUGAAACGUAUUUUUCGAAUAAGGUGUAAAAAUCUCUCAGGCUAUGAUUGGUCGUCAUUUUCUGGUCAGGAUUUUCUACAAGUUUGCAUCGGGCAUUUUAUCAGCUGACAAACAGCUGACAAGUUUGUUGAAUGAUGCUUUUUGUAUUUGUUGUCAUUUUUCCACAGAUCUGCCUCAGCCCUGGUCGCAAAAAAGAAGAUCUGGUUAUAAGUCCUGCUGAUGAGAAAUUCCUUCAAAAAACCAAUGAUAUGAAAAUUCAUGAAAUACCAACAAGAGAGAAUGGAACAACAGAUCCGGAUCAUUCCUCGUCCUCCAAGUUUGACGAAUCCUGGCCCAGUACUGAGAGAGCAAUGGUAUCUACUCCUGAAGCUGAGAUUAAUAUCUCAGAGAUGUCAAAGACUCCCUCAAGUACAGGAAGCGAUCUCUUGCUCCGUCCACUCCCUGAUUCUACUUUAGCAAGGUUGGUGUUGUGAUUCACUGAAGGCCCUGUCUCAUGCUGUGAUCACAGCACUAAGAACCUGUUUGUGAAUUCAUCUAUCUCUCCUCACUCCUCACUGCUAGUGAUGUUCAUGGGGGAGACAUUUGUGAUUCACCCCUAAAAACUACUUACUGUUGACAAAGAUUUGUCAGGAAUCUGGUUAACGAAUGACAGACAAAAGGCAAAAGAUUACAAAAGUGAAAUUAACAUACAAACACAACAAAAUCUUCUAAAAAACAGUUAUUAUUUUGGACUGUACAGUGUAUUCCUCUUAAUUUGAGUUUUGUUGUCGGUGGUUCACAGAACUCAAAACUUUAUGACCACAUACUAGGAGAAACUUAAACUAAAAUAAAUUUUCAGCUGGAACUCUAUGACUACCAUUAAUUGUUAAUUACAGCAUGUCUCUCCCUCGAAAUGUCCCCAGCAGAGAGGAGUGAGGAGCGACUGCGGUAUUUCCAGGCUAGAACCUCCAAGGAAGUAAAAAUCAUUGGCAGCUACAGUCAACUCCCUUUAUAGCGGACCCGGUGCCGGUGGGGACCUUGAGUUAGUGUCCCCAAUAGCAAGUGUCUGUAAUAACCGGAGUUUAUUUCAGUCAAACAUCUGUAAUUUAUUUUUUCCUGGGAUUUAGCUGCUGUCUGUAUUAUCGUUAUGGCAGGGUGUCUGCAAGGCAAGAGUUCACUGUACUACCCUUGCUGUCUAUUUCCAGGCAGCACUUGACUUCGAACCAACUGAUAUGCAAGAAACUAAGUUAUAGUGUUUGGAUUUCAAUACUUCAGAGAUGUGAACUCUUUAAAAUUUUCUUGGAGCACAGCCUUAUACCCUUAACUUUUUUCUAGGUACAUACAUCGCUUUCGCAAUGCACCUCCUUCCAGUCGACAAGCUAGAGACAGGCAGUACACUGACAGUGGAAAAGGAGGUGAAUUUUGGUGGUUAUCAGAGCCCUCCCCUCCCACCAGCUCAACACCCAAGGAAGGGACCCCUCCUGAGCGGCUCUUAGGCCCAUCCCCACGUCCUAGUCUCUCGCCAAAGCAGAAGAGGGCUGCAGCCAGGAGGGGUAAAGCUACAGUUUCUCCAAUAUCAGUGAGUAUCAUCAGGAUAUUAGACAAGCCAAGUUGUAUUUUAUGUACCAUUUUCCUGUCUAUUUAACAUCCUGUCUUUACAUUUUUAUUUUAGGCAUUGCAAAGUGGUUCCUCACCUUCCAAGUCAUCUCUUGAUGGUUUGGACCCCAAAACUGCAGAUUUACAACAACGGGCCCAAACUCUGCUUGAAAAGAGGUGAUAUUGAAGUAUACUUCAUUCUGUCUUUAGUUUAAGCAUUGUUGUGCCAUUUUUUAACUAAAUCGUACAUUAUCAAUGUUGUAGCGAGAGCACUCUGGAGACUUCGUCCAGUGAGGUUUACAGACCCACAAGAAAACCAAAGCAGGGUCCUCUUACGAAUAGGACUUGCACAGAAGUACCACCUCAGCAUGAACUCCCUGGAACUUCCAUGAGCCGCCAGUCAAGGCCACUGCAACCUCGCCCUGUGCCUCCCCCUGAGGAAGAUAUUUUGUAUCAGUGGAGACUGGCAAGGAAAAUGGAGAGGGCUCAAGACAAGGUUUUGAAAUGGGGGCCCACUUGGAGCUCCACAUUGCACAGUCAACCCAACAUAGCAUCACAGUCUACCCAGCCACACAUUUUGUCUGGUGCAGAUAGAGUCCCACCUACAUUUUCCCAGAUAGGUGUUGCUUACCAAAGACCAGAACUGCAAUUACCAGCUCACCCAGUUGCUUCUAGAAUGCCAGUAAGUGCCACAAGUGCACCAACCAAGACGCAAACAACUGUUGCUGCCGGUGGGGUAAUUAUGACUGACAAUGAAGUGUCUCCAGUGGUUUCUUCUCCAUCUGCAGUCACUACAAUGGCACAAGCUCCCACAUCAAGUGGUGAGGUUCCUUUGGGUAUCAUAGCAACCUCAAGUGGGAUCCAUGAUAGAAUGCCAAGCAGGGAACAGUCACGUGUUGUAGCUGUAGACAGGACAGAAGACUUGGAACAGGUACAAGAACCUGUUAGAAUGGAGCGGGAACAGUUUGUAUUAGCAGAUGUGCCAUCUCAUAUGCAUCUCUCAUGUGACAUUUUACCAUGUCCUCAUCAAAAAAGUCUAAUUGAAAAAGGAAGUUCUGAUUGUAGAAUCCCUUUAAGUUCUCCAGUAAUUGACUCGUGGGCAGAAGAAUUACACACUCAGGUGAGAGAUACUAACAGAGGACACGAAAAAGAAAGCUCAAAGACUAAGGAAUCACGUGAUGACAGGGAAAAUUUUGGCCCACCAAGAGCUAGACAAGGUCUUGGGGACCAAACGAGUCAUAGAAAAGUUGAACCACCCAAAUUACCUGGCAAAAGAUCUACAUCACCAGAGAUUACUGAACAAGAGAAACACAGAAGAAGAGAAGCUGGAAGGGAGAGGCCAAAAGCAAAGAGUGAGACCUCUCUAGGGCCUGGUCCUUCUGAUGUGUUACAUGCUGUUAUUGGACAGGUAGGCUGUUUUGCUUACUGUAGAUAACAAUUCAAGGUCUGUCUCUGUCCUGCACAGGUUUAAUUGGGCCCUGCCUACAAACUGGCUCAGCGGAUUCUCCCUGUUGUCUGGGUGUCCUGUUGUCCUUGUUGUUGAUGUUGUAACUGUUGUCCUUGUUGUUGCUAUUGUUUUUUUUUGUCCUAGUUGUCCUGGUUGUUCCGGUUGUCCUGGUCGUUCCAGUUGUCCUGGUUGUUCCGGUUGUCCCGGUUGUCCUGAUUGUCCUUGUUGUUCCGGUUGUCAUUGUUGUCCCUGUUGUCCUGGUUGUCCCAGUUGUCCUAGUUGUUCCGGUUGUCCCAGUUGUCUCAGUUGUCCGGGGUGUCCCGGUUGUCCUGGUUGUCCUGGUUGUCCUGGUUGUCCUGGUUGUCCUGGUUGGUUGUCCCGGUUGUCCUGGUUGUCCUGGUUGUCCUGGUUGGUUGUCCUGGUUGUCCUGGUUGUCCUGGUUGGUUGUCCCGGUUGUCCUGGUUGUCCCGGUUGUCCUGGUUGUCCCGGUUGUCCUGGUUGUCCUGGUUGUCCUGGUUGUCCUGGUUGGUUGUCCUGGUUGUCCUGGUUGUCCUGGUUGGUUGUCCCGUCUGGUUGUCCUGGUUGUCCUGGUUGUCCUGGUUGUCCUGGUUGUCCUGGUUGUCCUGGUUGUCCUGGUUGUCCUGGUUGUCCUGGUUGUCCUGGUUGUCCUGGUUGGUUGUCCCGGUCCUGGUUGUCCUGGUCCUGGUUGUCCUGGUUGUCCUGGUUGUCCUGGUUGGUUGUCCCGGUUGUCCUGGUUGUCCCGGUUGUCCUGGUUGUCCUGGUUGUCCUGGUUGUCCUGGUUGUGGUUGUCCUGGUUGUCCUGGUUGUCCUGGUUGUCCUGGUUGUCCUGGUUGUCCUGGUUGUCCUGGUUGGUUGUCCUGGUUGUCCCAGUUCUCCUUGUUGUCCUGGUGGUUCCGGUUGUCCUGUUGUUCUUGUUGUCCCUGUUAUCUCUCGUGGCAAAAGGUGGGGGCAGGAAUUAUUUACGCUUUCUCUGAAAAGACAGGACUUUCAAUACAGGGUUGUUUAGGAUUUGUGUCAGGCACUUGAUCAUUCCAAUCCCUGAAAAAGUCAUACCUCUUUGUACGAUUUACAAUACAUCCUUGAUCGGUUUUGUAAUGUUUUUCACAGGUUGUGUCAGAACGCCUUUUUUGCACAAGUACUCCUCAUUCAUCCACCAGUAGUUUGAGCGGAAGCGAGGAGUUCCCUCAAAAGACUGUAAGAGAACCCGAAAAAUCAUACCAUAUUCAUGGUAAGGCUGAUCGAACUUAACAAGUGUCAACUCAUCAAGGAAGUCUGUAGGAGCGAGGUUUCGUAAUUUGAUGUACAAAAUGUGUUGUAGUAGAGCGUUUAUACCGCAAAAAUUUUAAUUGUAUCUUCAGCUUUUUUCUCUUUUUCAUGCCGGGGCGUCUGUAACACCACUGGCCUCAAAACAUUGUGAUGUCCUUAAUCGCGGCGUCUCUGUAAUCCCGCUCGCGAUGUUGGAAAAGUACUUAGGACUACCGUGGUGUGUGUUGUCAUGUGUUCAUAAUAGCGGGUGGUUUUUCGUGUUACCGUAUUUUAAUGUCGUUCGUUAAACCGGGGUCUCCGCAUUGCCAGGGCGUCAUUAAUAUUGGGAUUUCCCCAAUUCCCCGACUGGAAAAUGGCGCGAAAAGCGUGAUCACGUGGUUUAUUACUGCUGCGCAAUUCCAAGUUGUAGUCGGUUGUAGUGUCUACAAGUGAAGAGUUGAUUGUCUUGUUUUUCUUUGAGCUUUAGAGGAUGAAAAUGCUGAUCUUGAAGGAAGUUCAGACAGUGAAUUCCCAGAUGACGAGUUGCUAAAGAUGUUACGUCAACGAGCAAGGAGAUACAGAGAACAACUGAGGUAA